AUGGGGGCUUCUGGUUCCGUGGAGCCCGGCGAAGGGGAAGUUGGUGGAGGUCGGUUACGGGAAGACAUGAAGCUUUAUCACAUGGUUGAUAUGCAUGGCGGAGGCGAGAUGAUGACUAUGAUGAGAUAUGCCAAGGCUACAAAUGACUAUGGCUUUGUCGAUCAUUACAUUAAAACGCGAGUCUCCGAUUUUCUUCUCAACAACGAGAAGGGCAAGCUUUUCCCUAUUACGGAAUUGGUAACACUCCGAAACAAGGAAAGAAACGCUAGGUUAGGGGCGUUUCUCAGGAAGAAAGGUAGAGGAAAAGCUGCUGUCAACGUGCUGGAGGGUUUUGAUCAGAACGAUGCGAUGGCUGGGGAUCUCAAAAAAGCACUCAAACUUCUUGAUGGAGGAGGCAAAGGUGGGAAGUCUGAAUCAAAGUACCGGGAGCUAAACUGGAAAUUGGAUGAACGAGGUCUGUCACCUCUCCAUCAAGCAAUUAUCAACCAUGAUGUGGAGAUGGUCAGCAAAUUGUUGCGAAGAGGAGCGGACGUAGAUCAACGGUGUUAUGGCGCGUUCUUUUGCGCAGAUGAUCAAAAAGGCAGCAGAACCGAUAGCUUGGAGCACGAGUAUGUCGACCUCACGAUGAACACCAACUAUACCGGCACCAUGUACUUCGGCGAAUACCCGCUCUCAUUCGCUGUUUGUAUGAAUCAGCCAGAUAUGUUCCGUCUCCUCAUGGCCAAAAAAGCAAAUCUGAAUGCUCAGGAUACCAAUGGCAACACCGUACUGCACCUUUGUGUGAUUCAUGAGAAAUUGGAAAUGAUGAAGCUUGCGCUAGAAGCUGGAGCUCGGUUGCAUAUUACUAAUAAACAAAAUCUGACUCCUUUGACGCUGGCUGCAAAAUUAGCAAAGAAGAAGAUUUUUGACAUGGUCUUGGAGCUCGAAGGCCAAAGUGUAUGGGUCUACGGUGGAGCCAGUUGCUCAGCUUAUCCAUUAACAAAGAUUGACACUAUCAAUGAAGUUACCGGAGAAAUGAACGAAGAGUCUGCGCUGUCUUUGGUAGUAUACGGAAAAACUUCCGAACAUCUAGAACUUCUCGACGGGAUCCUGGAGAACAUUCUCAAAGAGAAGUGGAAAGCUUAUGGAAGGCAGCAUUGGCUUCAAUCACUGGUGUCAUUCAUCUUCUACUACAUUAUCUUCACCACCGCUUAUAUGCUUCGACCUAUUUCAGCCACUACUGAGCAAAUCACCAAAGGACUCAUACGAGCGGAUGGAGCAUUGGUGACUGCAGAAAAUUAUACAUGGAGCAAUACUGACGCGGUUAAUGCACAAUGCCAUCUACAGCAGUAUUGGAGAUGGGAUUGGCCGCAGGGUUGGGGUCGUCUCGGCUGCGAGGUUACGGUAGUCGUGCUGGUAAUAUUCCAAAUUCUCUUAGACGUUCGUGAUGUUCGCAGAAUUGGUAAAGAUAAAUGGUUUUCAGUUAUGAAAGCCUUCCCAGCAAAACUUCUGUACAAGGCAACCUUUGGACUGGUCUUGCUAGAGAUACCACUGAGAUUAUCUUGCCAUAUCCAUGAAUAUGUUCUUGCGAUGGAUAAUGUUGUGGCAGCCGCUGCUGUAAUUCUCACUACGAUACAUUUCCUUUAUUAUUGCAGGGCCAUACCAUUCGUUGGACCGUUCGUGUUAAUGGUUUACACCAUUAUAGCAACGGAUCUGACCAGAUUCAUUUUGAUCUACUCCAUCUUCCUUGUAGGAUUCUCGCAGUCAUUUUACGUCAUUUUCACGGCAUGCGAAAGGGCUUCGAAGCAAGUUGAAGCCUCUGGAGGUUUUAGCGAUUUCGAGAACGUGAUCGAUAGCCCUGGUGAAGCACUUUUGAGGACAUUUAUCAUGACUAUUGGCGAGUUCACCACCAUCUACAAGGAAAUGGCAUCAUGUGACUCUAUGUUUAUGAAUACUAUUGGGAAGAUUAUUUUCUUGAUCUUCGAAAUUUUCGUUUCGAUUUUACAAUUCAACCUUUUGAUCGCAAUGAUGACUCGGACUUACGAGGCAAUUUUCGAAACGAAAAAGGAAUGGAAUCGGCAGUGGGCUCAAGUAAUUCUAAUGCUUGAGUUAUCGUUAUCACCACAAGAAAGACUUAUGCAUCUCUUGAAGUAUUCUCGCCCAACUGGAGUAAACAAGCGUGUUCGAAGCUACGUAGUCAGCAAAAAGAUCGGAGUGGGUGACGGACUAACCGAAGACGAAGAGGUACAAAAGCGUGAAGAGAAAGCGGAACAAGUACGAGAAGAGAAGAGACAACUUAUGAAAAAGAAGAACAGGGAAAUGGAAAUCAAGGAGCAUGCUGUGCGAGCUAUGCAAAACCCUUCAUCCGAUCUCAAAAAUCGUCGAACUCCUAUUGAAAAGCAGUAAUAAUAUUUGUAACCACGGUUGAUUUCGUAAAAUCUAAUAUACCAGUGAGCAAAAUCAAGGUCUACUAAAGAGAGACAAAACACGAAUUUGACUCGAAUUUGUUGUUUUAGAGAAAUAUGAUUGAGUAGUCGACUUCUUUUAAAAACCUCGAGAUAUGAGUAUUUGAUUACCUCGAAACUUGUCAUUUUUGUAGUCUAUGCUGUUGAAGUGACA